GAUGGAAAGCUGUAUCCGUAAUAGCUGCCCUUGCUCAGUGACAUGCCGCCUAGUUACUGGCUCUCGCCCGUGCCCGCCACAGCUACCUAUUUCUCCUCGUCUCACCCAAGCACUGGAGUUGACUUGCCCUGUCUCACCACAGCCCUUGAGAAUAGAAAAAUUACAGUUCCAGCCCCAAAGCAUUGUGCCAGCAGUUCCCUGGACGAGCUGUCCUUAUAUAGCCUGGCAGCAGACGGCGCCCUGCGCCUGCCAGUCGGCUCAGUACAGUGACACAGGAAGAGGGGGAGGAGCCACUCACAAAUUACGCGUUUCAAAUCCGGUCCCCGCUGACUGCCUUCUGCUUUCAAUAGUGACCCGAUACUGGCCAGGACAAUACCGGACCCUUUCCGUCCCUGAUUUUUCAAAUGAGAUGACUCAAGUGCCGCAGCGUGAAUUUGAGACCAGCUGGGAGAAUGCUGAAACCUGGAUGAAAAAUGUCCAUGAGAGACUGAAGAUCAAUGAUAACACUGAAGGGCCCAGACCUGCCCUGGAGGCCAGGCUCAGGGAGACAGAGAAAAUCUGUGCUCUGGAGCCUGAAGGCAAAUUACUCUUGGACAUGGUUCUGAUGGCAGCAGAAAAUCAUCUCAGCAAGAGUAGUGAGGAAGAGAAACAUGAAAUUCACAUCAAGCUAGGGAAAAUAAAGUGCAUGUUUGAGGAGACCACAGUUUAUAUGACACACUGCCACAGUCGCAUCGAGUGGGUUUGGCUGCACUGGAAUGAGUACCUGAAAGCCAGAGAUGAGUUUUAUCUGUGGGUCCAUAAUAUGAAACUGACCCUGGAACCAGAUGUGGAACUUCAGCUGGGCCUUAAACAGAAGCGCUGGCACUAUGAACAAGCACAGGUUCUUCUAAGAGAUGUCAACAACCAGUCAUGCCUCUUGGACAGACUCCUGGAGGAAGCUGCCUCCUUAUACAACAGGAUUGGAGACCCCAGUGUGGAUGAGACAGUGCAGAAAGAAAUGAUGACUGAAUACAAACAAAUAAAGAGGAAAGCCAAGGAAAGGACCAGUCAUCUUGAAAAUAUAUUGAAAGAACAUGAAGCCUAUUAUAGUGAUGUCAAUAAAUUCCAGUCUUGGCUGAAUAGUGUGAUUGAAAAGCUGAAGUGCUGUGUCGGAGAGGCCACAGAGUCUACAGAAUACAGGCUCAGUAUGCUGCAGGAAAUCAGCAAGGAGGUACAGAGUGGUGGUAAGGAACUGGAAGACCUUGAGAGAAAGUCACUAGAGGUGAUAAAGAAUACAUCCCCUCUAGGAGCAGAAGAAAUCUGCAAGGAGCUGGAGGAGCUGCGCAAAGCUCUAGCAGAUCUCAAACGCAUGAAUAAUGAUGAAGAAGAGAGUCUUCUCAAGGCUCACAGCUCUGAAAAUGCCUUCCUACUUUUGGCCAGGCAACUGGAAGCCAACAUCAAUGAGUUCCGAAAAGCCAUCCAGAGACUGGAGGAGAGUCUGGAAUCAGGAGAAAGGGUGAAAAGUGAAGAUGAGCUGCUAGCUCUGUGGAAAACAUUAAACGCCACCAAGUCUGCUUUAGCAGCAGAGGAAACAAAAGGUGAAGGGGUAAAGGUUCAGCUGAAGGAACUCUUCAAGUUCUCCAAAGAUGUGCAGCCACUUUCUGAUGGAGUCAUAGCUGCAAUCCGGGAAUACCAAAGGGCUAAAAGCAAAGCCUUCAAGGUAAGCACUGAGACUGAAUCAGCACUCAAACAGCACUUCCGGAUUCCACUGCUGGAAUUCCAGCACUGGAAACGCAUAUGUGAGAGAGUCCUGGAUACCACAUCAACUCCUGUGAGCGAUGCUGUUCUGAACCAUGACUGCUUGCUACAGAUUGAGAAGUUGCUGGAGGAGAGUGCCAAUAUAGAAGACAAACUGAGUAUUCUACAGACAAAGAAGGAACGAAUCAGCGGGGUGCUUGGUGAACAGAAGGCAAAAGCCUUUCUCACUGAGGUGGCAUCUGCUUCAAGGGAAAGGGAUUCUCUCCAUGUUGUUCUUCUGGAAAGAAAGGAAACCUUACUGAGUUUGGCUUCCCAGAGUAAAGAAUUUGAUGCUGCUUUUGAGCAUUUGCGGAAAAAGGUGUCAACCAUAAGAAUCAAAGCUGGCAAAGAAAGCGAAUUACAGCCUGACCUUGUAGGGAAAGAGACACAACUGCAGAGAUUUGAGAUGUUUAAGGAUGAGUUGCUGAAAUUGGAACCUGAAUUUAAAGUGGUAGCUUCAAUGGCUGAAUCAAGUCCCACUCACAAGCUUAAAGUCAGCCAGCUGUCUUCAGAAUACAUUACCUUGCACAAGUCACUUGAGAUUAACAAACGAAAAAGCAAAACAUACAUUAAGGACCAUCUGAUAUUCAAUGACAAACUGCUAGAUCUUCAGCGCUGGCUCAUGGUGACAAGGCAGGAGUUGGAAUCAUUUCAGGAUAGCAAUGGGCAUUGGGAUGUUGAGUCCCGAGAGAAGGAAAUACAGAUAUUGCUGUCUGAGAUAACAGAAAAAGAUAUCCAGCUACAACAGGUAGACUCUCAAGGUUUAUUAGUGAUGGAGACCUCCUCUGCAGAAGGAGCUGCUCACAUUCAGAAUGAGCUGAGGCAGCUUAAUGCCUCCUGGGUGUCUCUGAAAUUACUCUGGGAAGCACUAGCAAGAACAUUUAAAGACAGAGAGCUACAGAGACUGGCACUACUGCCACCUAAAAUUACAUAUGAGAACUCCAUAAAUCAGACAACUGACCUCCUCCCCGAUACGGAACUACACUGGACUGCGUCUCAAUCUGAUAAUGGCAGCAAUGAGAUGAACAACAGUAAUGAUUCUGAAGAAUUUGGACCAAGUGGAAUUGUGGGCAGUUCUGAAGAGUUUGGACCAAGUGGAAUUGUGGGCAGAAUUGUCUAUGACACCAGUCCCCAGAGUGUAACAUUAACAUCUGAGAAAAGCCGAAUACCACAAAGAACAAACAAAACAACCAGUGUCCUUCAGGAAAAUGAUCCAUCAUCCACAACAACAGAAUCUGAGAAGAGUUCAGUGGAAAUAAAUACUAGCAUUACCAGCAUUACCAGUGACUCUAGUCAAUCCGGGAUAACUGUGAGGUCAGACAAGAGCCGAAUACCAACGAGGGUAAACCAAACAUCCAGUCCCAGUGUUCAGCUUGGAAAUGGCUCAUCCUUUACACCAGGAGAGUCUGGGAGGGACCCAAAUAUAAAGACUGGGCUUUUGAAUGACACCAGUCCUCCCAAUGUAACAGUCAGAUCAGACAAUAGUCAGAUACCAAGGAGGAGAACACAAGCAUCCAGCAGUGCCUAUGACAGCAGUCUCCCCAGUAACUCAGACAAUGAUCAAACACUUCUGGGGAAAAAACAGGCAUCCAGUUCCAGUGUUCUUCAGGUUACUGAUCCACUUAUACCUUCAGCGGAUGCUAUGGAGAGUUCAGGCACUUAUUCUGGAACUGCCUACUUUACCAGCCCAAGGAACAUAACAGUCAGAUCAGAUGAUAACCGGAUAGCACCAAGGAUAAACCAGUUGUCCAGCAAUAUGGAAGAUCCAGUCAGCACAUCAGAGGAGUCUGGAAAGAGUUCAAGCACCUUAAAGAUAAAUACUGGAACUGCCUACUUUACCAGCCCAAGGAACAUAACAGUCAGAUCAGAUGAUAACCGGAUAGCACCAAGGAUAAACCAGUUGUCCAGCAAUAUGGACGAUCCAGUCAGCACAUCAGAGGAGUCUGGAAAGAGUUCAAGCACCUUGAAGAUAAAUACUGGCAGUGCCUAUGACAGCAGUCUCCCCAGUAACUCAGACAAUGAUCAAACACUUCUGGGGAAAAAACAGGCAUCCAGAACUGCCUACUAUACCAGCCCAACGAACAUAACAGUCAGAUCAGAUGAUAACCGGAUAGCACCAAGGAUAAACCAGUUGUCCAGCAAUAUGGAAGAUCCAGUCAGCACAUCAGGAGAGUCUGGAAAGAGUUCAAGCACCUUGAAGAUAAAUACUGGGGAGGCAGCUCUUACCAUCAGAAGGAAGGACACCAGUUUAUUUUCUAUCUUCUCCUAUUCCAGCAUAAGAAAGCAAGAAAACACUUUCCAGAACACAAGACUAGAAUUCCAGGCAGGCAGCCCGAAGACCACAGUGAAUCUAACUUCUCCAUAUAAUAUUGUCUCUUUAAAAAGAAGCAAGAAAGGUAUCAGUCUGGCAGAAUCUGUGGAUUUUGUGGAUUCAUCUUCUGUGCAAAGUAAAGAAGAGAGACAGACAGAGACAAGUGGUGGCCACAUGAAUCUCUUGAAGGAAUUUGAGCUUUGGCUGCAGGAAGAGAAUUCCACACUGAACAAAAUCUGUAGCACAAAAGCAUUAGGCAGGGAGGAAAUGAAAUCCAGGCUCAGCAAGCUCCAGAGAUUACAGCUGCGGAUACCCCAGGGCCAGCGCUUGUUUGAAUCCUUGCUUGUUUCAAUGCCAGCCAUGGCUGUUACUGAUAAUUUAAGACUGGAAGACCUACGUUACCAAUGGAUGCUUUAUAAAUCCAAACUAAGAGAUGCUGGAAGCUCAUCGAGCAUAAAAACAUCUGAAGAGCUAAGAGGAAUAACUAAGAAGUCAUCUGGGGGUCUGUGCUCCUUCCUGCACCGGGUGUGCUGUGCCGCACUUCCACUCCAGCUGCUCCUUCUACUGCUCCUCCUCUUGGCAUUGCUUAUCCUUCUGAUGCAGGAGAGCCAAAACUGCGCCCUUUCCAACAACUUUGCCCGCUCCUUCAACUUGAUGCUAAAAUACGAAAGACCCCCUCCUACUUAAUCAGACAGCAUGGAUCAGAUUGUACUGUAAACAUUCUCUCCCUCCACUAUUACACGGCAGCUGUGUCUUGUAUAUAAAUCUCUUAGCAAAGGCUUACAUAAUUAUUAAACCUUUCGCGGCUUUAACAGAUAUUGCAGGCCACAUAAUCUGUGAGGGGUUUAUUUUAUUAACCCUGUAUAUAUAGCAGUUUUGUAUAUAAGAAAAUACAGUGGCAUAUUUAUACAAUUUUCCAAUAUUUAUAAUUUUAUGUACGGCAGGCAACAUAUGCCUUUUUUAAACCAUAUUUGUAAUGUAGUUUAGUUAUCGACAGCCACAGGUGACUGCAUGUGUGGAUUAAUCAAUAGUUGGUCUGUUUAUUAUAGGUCAAAAUACAUUCCUCAUUCAGUGGCUUUCUGGGGGGGGGGGGUCUAGGAAAGGAAAAACUGCUUUUUUACCUUAGUAACAGGUGAUAGUAGUAAUUAAAAGAAUUUGCAGGCUAGAUAUAGUUAGGAUUGUUCCAUUGCCUUGGUGCAACAAUUAGUAGACAAUGCCAAGUGACAAAUUAGGUUCUUGAAGAACUUUGGAAAGGAAGCAAUGCCACAGUAUUACAUGUCUUCAAAUACAUGUAUUGCAUUAAUGCAUACCAAAUAAACCAAAGCUAUGAAUCACCCACAAUCAUCAAUACAUUCAAGUUACUUCUUUUGCCACAGUAUUGCAUACUAAUAGUCAUUAUAGAUUCUUUAAUGCAUAUGCAAUCAUCCCCAGUAAUUGCAACAUUUCUUAUUCUGAAAAAUGUCUGCUAUAAAGGUUAUAUUUGCUAAAAAUAUUCAAGGUCUUCAGAACUCUACCUGUACUAUAAGUAGCAAAGUAUCAACCAAGGAAGAUAUUUCAUUUGCUGCCAUUUAUUGAGGGGUAAAAGACACUCUCCUGCCUUGUAUGAAGAGGUACUAGAUAAACUUGUCACCAAUGCUCAGCUUGGAAAGAGCACGUACAUAGAGAAGCUUGUACUGUAAGGUGUGUGUGCCUUUAAUAUUACAGUUUGGAUAUGUGAGACAGUUUUAUAACUUGAUAGAAAUAACAAACCCAAACAAAAAAGGUGUUGCUUAAUGUCAGCGUUACUCAAUUAUUACCAGCUUUAGCAGUUAGUAAAAAAAAAGCUGCGUAUGAUUUUGUUCCCUGGGAUGGCUGGUGUUGCGCGAGAUAAAAGCAGGGUGCAUUUGCCGAUGUUUGAAAGCUGAGUAACUGCUACAAGGCAUGGAGAAUAGCUUGACUUUAUUAUUUUAUGUAACAUGAGCAACAACUGGAAAAAAAGGCCUUGGUGACACAUCCUGGAAAUUUAAUUAGAAGCGGCAGUUAUUCCCUCAAAGCUGCAAGUUUGCCCCAAAGCGACCUGGCUUAGAGAUGACAUCAAUGUCACGCUAUUUGCACCAGAUAACCAACCAGGUUUUUUGUUUUUCUAUCAUUUGCUCCAAUUUUACAUUUCCCAGGAAGGUCUGUCUUAAUUUUAGUUGUCUUCCCAGGUACCAUGGCUGAGGUCUCUGAUUAUUAUGUUCUGGACACUGUUGUACAGAUUAUGGAAGUGUUAAAGGAAAUUAAGAAUUUGAUGUCAAGGAAAUGUAGGGGAGAUAAAGACGGAGGUUAAUGUUUUAUAUUGAUGAAAAUAGUCACAUGGCUUUUCAGUUAUUAUUGAAAUACAAAUUCCCAACAACCAUCUUUAGCAACUGGCAAUGGUUGCUGGAAAGUAAGGUUUUGUGGUGACUGAAGAGCCUAGGUUUGGUUACUAGCUGGUGUAGAACAAGUACAGUUUUUUACAGAAAUUAGAAUGUAUCUUUGAAAGUAAAAAUAAUUAUAGUAAAAUUGCCAUCUUAACUUCUGAUGAGUCGUUUUUUAUGGUCAUAGAAGGAAAAGAGGUGUCUCCUGUGCAGAACAGGGAUUCAAUGUCAGGAACAUUAGACAACUGUACAACAGAUGCUUACUUGGAUACAAAGUCAGUUGGUGGAGAGAAAAUUGUUCUACUCUGUUACCUAGAAGAGAGUUAAGUAUGUGAGACAAAGGGUCAGAUUCAAUUCAUUGAGAAAAAGGUUUAUCAUGUGAAAUCUCAUAGACGAGAUUCAAUGUGAGAUGCAAUUCAAUUGAGAAAAACUUCUCUCAAGGUUUAUCACUUGAAAACUAUUGAAGUCUAUGAGAAGAAAACUGGAACUGAAGUUGGAGAAACGUUUUAUCUCCUCUAAUUGAAUCUCGUCCAUGAGGUUUCACGUGAUAAACCAAAGAGAGAGGAAGGUGCUCAUAUCAUGAGAAUCUUUUCGCCUAUCCUUCUGUAUGAAUUAUAGAGAAUACCAUGAGUACCACACAUUUAGUAGCAUCAGAUACACUUACUUUACUGCUACAAAGAGAGACAUGUUGGCAUCUUCCAGAGCUAAGCUAGGCUUGGUGCUACAUUAUGGUGGAACAUUCUGUCAAGCUAUCCUCUGACCACGUGGCUGUUUUGGGAGGGAUAUCCCCAUAUUGUCCAUACUAAAUCAUAGCCUAGAGCUGUGCAUUCACCCUUACGAUACUUUCAUUUUGACGUGGUGUACAAAAAGUACGGCAAUUGAUAUCGGUGGGGAUGGUGAGGAAGCAGGAAUGAAAUAACGUUAUCUAGGUUGCAACAGGUUUCAGCACUUACACCCCCCUGUCCUAUCUGUCCUUAUCAAUGUGUUGCACUGCCUUUCACUCUGUACUGAGCCGUAUUGGCUGGAACUUGCUAAACCCAAGAUUACAGCAUUUAGACAUAAAUGGCUAAUAUAGAGAACUCAAUGCCUCAUUAGCUUGGAAUGAUAUGAUAAUCAGAUGACUAAACUAUCCAGCGGUGUUCUAAAUUAAUUAAUUGCUUUUUACAUAAAUAAAUGUAUUCCUUUUUAAAAGAAAGGGCGGUUUAGUUAAAAAGAUAUACUGUUUUUUUAAGUAGUGUUCUCUGCACAUUUAGAUUUAAACUUGUACCAGAAAAGGCACCUUUUAUUUGUGGAGCAAGUCACAUGGCAGCCUAGCUAUUGGUAUAAAGGCAAAUAUGGCUCGAGGUAGAGGGAAACUACAUAUGUAUGCAUUUACUGCUUUUGUCUGAGUGCUAAAUUCAUGUGCAUAUAAAUGUACAUUUACAUUUUUAUUAAAUGUAUUUAUAUGGGUAAAACAAUUUGUUUAACAGAUCUAUACCAGCAACAAGCAAUAUCUUGGCUAUACGUUAAUUACUGUCCCCACAUUAGUAAACUGAACAGCUCAUUUAUUAACAUAGGUGCUAAUAGCAAACAUGUUUUGAACAGCCUACUACAUGUUACAAACAUAAGGAUCAGAAAUGCUAUGGGUAAGUGCGCUAAUACAGCAUAAAGUAGCCCCUGUGUGUUUAGUAGAGAACCUCUAAAAUUUAUAUAAAUAAGGACUUCCAAGUUCCAGUACAGCUUUUGGGCAUUCUAGUGUUGUUUAAUGGCUGUAGAACCCACAUUUCCCUAGCAGAUUCAGUAUCAGUGAUUUCUGUCUCUCUAUACACCUAGAGGAAGAAAACCUUUGUCAUGUAAAAUAGAACUGUUGUUGACAAAAAAAUAUAAAAAUCAUGUGCUGGACAAACAGGUAAACGUUAACAUGUAAAUAAAAUAUUUUCCAUGCAUGA